AUUAUCUGCAAGGUGCUAUGGUAAGAAGAGAGUUGGGAAGUUUCCAAAGUUAUUGUCGCCAUAUCGAAGAGACUGUGUGUGCAGUUGUUGUAGUGAAUCAAGCUCUGCAGAAGCAGCUUUUGAGCUUAGAAGACUUUUAAGAAAGACUCCUAUAUACAUUGUCGGUAUGAUGGGAAGUGGAAAGAGCACGAUUGGUGAACUCUUAGCUAGAAAGUUGGGCUAUUCAUUUUUGGACACCGUUCAGAUAAUAGAGAGGGCUUCAAAGAAAGAAAUAUCAGAGAUUCUCAAAGAAUAUGGAGAAGAAAAGCUUAGAGAAAUAGAAAGCGACGUUUUGAAUCAAGUUCAAUCUUACGUAUGCUGUGUAGUUGCCACUGAAGGAGGAGUUGUUCUUAAGAACAGCAAUUGGGCUGUUCUUCACAAUGGUAUUGUGGUGUUUUUAGACGCUGCCGUUCCUAUCAUUUUCAGAAGGCUCCAGCGAGAGGAGAAUGAGCUAUUACAAGGAUUCCACUCAUUGGAGAAACUGGAAGAUAUUCGGAGAGCAAGACUACCUUUCUAUUUACAGGCAGAUAUUCAUAUUUUGCUGAAUGAUAACAAGAAUCAAGAAUUAAAUUAUGAAGCUGUUGUAUCUGAGGUAAUAAUUCAACUUACUCAAUUUCUUCGAGAACAUAAGAAACCUGAAACGGUUUGAGAUUUUUUGAAACGUAGAUUGCUGUCAAUGAGAACUAGAAAAAGAGAAAGCGAGAUUUUAGAUAAAGUUUCUUGUGACAUU